AGAGCUGCAUUCUAUGAGUCUGACCGCCAUGUUUCCGUCUCAUGGUCUUGUUUUAAAAAUUGCUCUUUCUGUGAAAAUGAACUUUUUCGCGCUUUAAAACACCGUAAACUACUCGCAAAGAUGAGGUAACUACCCCCUGUGUAGUGGUGGAUACGCAUUUUGUUGGUUUUUUGGCAUUUUUAGUUAUCAUAAUGAGUUCUGAAGAAAGCCCUUCUGCUGCUUCCUCUGCCGUUGCAAAUGUUACUACUGAAUCGUCUAAGUCUCUGAAAGAAGAGGGACAGUUAGUCAGCAAGGUUGAGGCCGUACAUCUCACUCAUCAUCCUGACAGUGUGCCUGGUAUCAGUAAUAAGAUUGAGAGCAGCAAAGAUGGGAUGCUUGAAGCUGAGGAGGGUGAACUUGACUAUGAAGAGGAUGAAGGUGAAAUUGUAGACCCACUUCCUGCCAAGGAGGACACGCCUAAGAAACCAGCCGACAGUAGUAAAGAGGACGGAGAGCUUGAAGAAGGGGAACUCAAUGAGGAGGGCGAGGAGGGGGAGAUCCUGUCCGAUGAAGAAAACAAGGGACCAUCAAACAAGGAUGUGGAUCGAGAGGAAGGAGAGAUCCCAGAUGAUGAAGAUAUUGAAGAAGGAGAAGUUGUUGAACCAGUUGAAGCUGUACAACAAGGUCGCGGCCCCCAAAGAAAGCUGUGUAGAUUCUUUGCUUCAGGAAGUUGCACGUGGGGUAUCAACUGCAGAUUCUUCCAUCCUGGUGUUCAUGAUAAAAUUCCCCAGCAAAUGACACCACAGGGAGGCCCGUACCAGAUGCCUUUUCCAAGACCAAAUGUUCCCUCCCACCCCCUCAUGGGAGUCAUGAUGCCCAUGGCCACCGUGAGUAAUGGAGAGUUUGAUCAGCCGGAGGAAGAAGGUGCAGAACUUGUAGCCCCUCCUGCCCCGCCCGCUAAGGAGACAGCUUGGGAAAGAGGGCUCAGACUUGCUAAGGAGAAUAAGAAAAAAGCCAUGAUGCGCAAGGUUGAAGAUACAGACUUUGAGCAGAAGCGCAUGUCGCUGGGGAUCAGUGAUGUAGCCGAUGAGGAAGAUGGGAACAAAGAGAACCAAACUCGUCGCCGGGACUCCAACCACACCAAGAAGAGUGAUGAGGAUGGCAGUAAUUACCGUAAUGGGGGGUCUCACCACAAGGUUUCCUCACCCUAUAGAUACAGGGACAGAAGGAAGAGAAAAACUUAUCGAUCUCCCUCCUCCUCACCUGACAGACGAAGUAGCAGGCGGCGUGGAGGAGAACGAGAUAAAACGAGAUCCAAAGACAAGUCCAGAGACAGCGAUAGAAAAGAAAGAGAGCGGCCAAGACGUGCAAAACCGGCCGAGAAGACGCCAGACGAAUCGGGAAAAGUCCGCAGCAAGACGAAGGAUUCAGGGUCCGUGAUAGAUCCCCAGGGUACUCCACUCAAAGAGGUUAAACCUGAAGAGCCAUCGGUAGUAGAACCUGAAGUUGCAAAGAGCGCCAAAGAUGUUGAUCUUGAGAAGAAGGAUGAGGAGAAGAGUGAAGAGGUCAAGGAGAUUGGUGAGGAUAAGGGGAAGCCCGCGAAGUCAGGUUACACUGGAAUCACAAGCACACGAUUCGGCAGUGAUGAGUGGCAUGAUCCAUGGCAGCGAACGACCUCGCCAAAGCGUCGCUCACCUCGGAGAUCCUCGUCAUCCUACUCGUCACGCUCUCGUAGUUCUUCGUCGUCGUCUUCGGGCUCGUCACACUCUUCACGGUCGCAAUCACACACUCCUUCAUCAGGCUCAGGGUCACGGAAUUCGUCACGCUCUGCUUCACGGUCACAGAGUCACAGUGUGUCACGUUCACGGUCCAAGUCUCUGUCACAGUCACGCUCUCGUUCGCAGUCACACUCUGCAUCCCGGUCAGUGUCACGAUCAAGGUCAAGGUCACGCUCUGGGUCACGAUCAAGAACACGGUCCCAUUCCCCUUCUGACCACUCGAGUGUUGGCAGCAGAAGUCCUAGCAAGCAGCCACAGACUCCACCCCAUGAAAGCGGCAAAGAAGAAUCCAAGAAAACAAGCCCAGCUUCGUCUGCUCAUUCUUCGGCAGAUUCUGAAUCUGAAUCUGAAUCCGAUUCUGGCUCAAACUCUUCCCGAUCACGUAGCCCUAGUCCGUCGCCCCCACACGCUCCCAGCCCUCCACGACCCUGGCCUCGUUCGCCAAUCUCUCGAGGACCGCCGGAUAGUGAUGUUAGAAAUAGAAGAAACCGCUUUGAGUUUGACCAAAGGGGAGACAGGCCGGAACGUUGGAGAGUUCCCCACAUGCCUCCCCAGUGGGACAGGAGAGGUCCCCCGGGAAGAGGACAAUGGGAUGAUCCUUUCAGGGAUCGUGGUGGAUACGCCCGAAGAGAUAGAGGGCCUCCUAGACGUAGGCGAUCCAGGAGUCCCCCCCACAGACGGGAUGUGGAUUCCAGAAGGCCCAUCCCGCCAGGCAUUGAACAACCCCAGCGACGGCGGAGAUCGUCCAGCGGCGACAGCAUGGAUCACGCUCUUGCUCGCCCCAGCUCUCCCCGCCGUGACCAAGGUCGCCGUAAUCCCGACCAGUCUCGUAUUCAACGCGGUAGCGAAAACGAAAGCGAGAGGGGUCCCCGUGGGGACGGUCGUGCACCCCACCCCACCCAGGAAGGGUGGUCCGCUGAGCGUAGAAAGCAGGCUCAUACUGUGCCGUUGACGUCAGGGAAUGUGCGUUACACGGGACACAAGGACAUCAAGCUAACCCUGAACAAGUCCGCGUCCAAGGCGCCUGCCCGGACUUCAGCGCCACGCUCACCCCCAAGACAAGCGGAAGCCAUUGGCAGCUCUCGAGAUGUCGGGAAGGAAACCGUAAGAGACGGCGGCAGAGAUAGCGGAAGAGAUGGAAGAGAUACAGGAAGAGAAAGCUGGAGAGAUGGCGCAAGAGAUAGUGGAAGAGAUUCCGAAAGAAAGCGCUGGCCCCGUCCACCCUCCCCAGAACCCGCGCGGCACUCUCAUCCCGACGUCACCUCGUCCCAGUCCCCAGCUUUGAAAACCGUCAAACGUCCUUCCGAUAAUGCGGCAUCUAAGCGCUUAGAAGAAAACGCUCGUAAACCGCCCGAACCUGUAAAACGAACUGUGGAAACCGCCAAAAGGGCCGAGGAUAUGCCACCAAGGCGGCCCUCGGAUGGGGCACCGGGCAGACGCCCGGAAAAUGCCCCUCAAAAACGCCCUGUAAGCACAGGGAAUCCGGAACGAUUACCUGAUAAUGCGGCAUCGCGCCCGCUUAAACGGCCAGCGGACAGUGUGUCGCCUAGUGUACCUGUCGAGGUGGCCACGCCCAAGGCCGGGGGUAGUGCUUCUAAUAUGUCGUCUCGGCGUGAAGAACUUUUACGAGAAUUGAAGGCUGUAGAGGAUGCCAUCGCUAGGAAACGAGCCAGAAUAGAAUAAUCCCACCCACAAUACACCACACACCCUGUGAAUAACAUUUGUGCCGCCUGACUCCAUAAAUAUAUUUACUCAAUUUUU